AUGUCGGACGAAGAAAUUGUCGCAGGCGCCCCUGGAGCCACAUCACUCGACGUACGAGGAAGCGAACUAAAGCCCAAAUACCGAUCAUGGCGCAAGAAGUAUCGCAAGAUGAAGACGCACUUCGACGACGUGAUGAAGGAGAGUAACAGCUUGUUUGUCGAAGAGCAGAAGCUUGAAGUCUUGUCCAAGAGACUGCAGGAGCAGAACGACCAACUGCUCGACCUCCUUCUCGACCUCAACACAUCCCUAUCGAUCCCAGAAGAAUUGCGAUUCGACCUUUCGCCGGCGCCUAAGACGCAACAGCCACAGGAUGAACGCGACAUUACCUUCGAAAUGGCAAAUAACAUCAUAGCCAAUGCCCAUCGCGCCUUCCACAACCACGAGGUUCCACACCAAGACUUUGUACGCAUUAGACAGGACAUAGAGUCGUUACUGGCCCGCAAGGACGCAAAGAGUCUGGUAGAAAUGGAAGCUCAGAUCCCGCAUCCACGAUAUCACCACCCGGUCUCGGGCCCCGUCGCCGAAGCAGAUCCCGCCUUCUUGUCCUCGUCGCAUGAAGACGCCUAUCUCGCUCGUCUCGACAACAAGCUAGAGCCCGCGGCUCUCAGCGAACCUCGCAUACUCUCACCACAACCCCUCUCCAAACUCACCCAGCGCGAACUGGAUCGCGAGGUUGAAUUAAGGAACCCUCUAUCUGUUCACAAUUGGCUCAAGAAACAUGGUACAAUCUCCGACAUGGAUGCCGCUUCAGAAGGCGGUGCCGCCAAUGCUCAGACACCUGCCACAGCCAACAAGCGUCGCAACCUUGCCAAGCAGAUUGGUGACAAAGCUCUCGAGCGUGCUAGGGAAAAGGAGGGAAGUCCAGGCAGUACUGUAGAUAAUGAAGAGGAGGGCACUGCUGCUGCUGCUGCUGCUGCUGAUGAUACACCGGGCAAGCCAAAGAAAGCCAGGGAGGACGACCAAACUUAUAGGCCAAAGGGCGGUCGUAGCAAGAGCAAACGAAAGAGAGAGGAGGGCGAGAACACUCCAGCUAGAGGCAAGAAACAGAGGACGAGUCUCAACAUCCCUUCAGAUGCAUGA